CAUAUGUUAUUACACUAAUGAAUGCAGAUACUUGAGAAAAGUAGAACGUCUGCAUCCUCUUGGGGUGGAUCAUAUGUCUGCUUCCUAUACCCUUUGACAAAAAACCCACCCUUUAGUAUCAGCAUAAUCAAUGGGGAGUGGUGCAGGAGGAGGUGGCUACAACAGUUUGCCUGCCUGUGAUUCGCUGACAUGCGCUCUAAUUGGAUCAAGUAGGAACUUGCUUAGCUGGAUGCUUUGUGCUGGGAUUGGGAGCAGCCUGCAGCGAGAGCACGGGCACCACCAGACAGGAAGAGAGGCAGAGAGGGAGGAGGCCAGCGGCUGCCCUGUUCACCACUUAGAGAGGAAAGACUGAGAGAGGAGGGGUGUGAGACGAAAAAGGGGAGUAUCCCGUCUUCUCUGCCCUUCUGUGCUACUGCAGCCCUCCCUCCCUCCCCCUCCCUCUCUCUAUGAUUCUCUUUCUCUCUCUUUUCCCUUACUCAUCUGUUUCUGUGGUUGUGCUGAGAGGAAGGGCACCUGCCGCUCCCUGAUGAUUCAGCCUUUCAGCUACUUGGAGCUCCACAGACAAGACAGCAUGUCCCUCCUGCCACUGCAGUGCCUGGCCGUCCUGUCCUCUGCACUACAGCUAAAGCAGCUGGCGCAUCACAUCGACACCGCCUCUUCUGCCCAAGUGCUCAGGUGAGUGAGCGCUACUGUUCCACCGCUGCCUUCUAGCAGACCAUGCUGAACAUUUAAGGAAUCAGAAUCUCUGGCAAUCUUUUUUGUUUUGGCCUGCUACCAAUUUAAUUAUUCUAUUUAUAGACUGACUGCAUUUCCAGAGGAAAAGCAUGAGUAAGGAACUCCUUUCCCUCGUGUGCAGAAGGCUGCGUACAUACCUCCCAGGCUGCUAACAAGGUUAGACUCACCCUGAAGAGCUUUUCUACCUUCCUCUGAAAUCCAGCUCUGAAUCUGCAGCCUCAUGAUGGAAAAGAUACUCAAGGAGACUGGUGGCAGGCAGCCACUGUGUGAUUCUCUGAGUUAAUAGUUGAGGUGCUCAGAGACCCCUCAACCAGCACUUGGAAAGGAUGACUGAGGGAAUGGAGGACUUCUCUGCAGGGCCAACUCCCCCUCCUGGAUCGGCCUCCCCCACCAGCUCUACUGUUGAUACUGGACAAGUCCCCGAGGAGAAACCAGAGGAGACAGAGGCAGCUGGUGAGAGUGGGGAGAACGGUGCAGAGGGAGGUGGAGGUAGUGAUGGGGAGCAUUUGGGGGCUUUGGGAAUUGUGGCCUUGCCAGGAACCUGCUGUGUGUGCAUAGAGAUGGAACAGAUUAACAAUUGCCUGCACUCUGAGAAAAUCUGCAUUCUUCCCAUCCUGGCCUGUCUGCUCAGCUUAGCCCUCUGCACUGCUGGCCUUAAAUGGGUCUUUGUGGAUAAGAUCUUUGAGUACGAACCACCCACACACUUAGAUCCUAAACGCAUCGGACAAGACCCAAUUACCAUAUCAGUUACCCCCAUUUUGGGACUUACUGUGUCAAUUCCUCAUUCAUCUACAUCUUUUGUGUCCUUGACCACCGCCAUAACUCCAGGACAUCCUGAUGUUUUAAUGGAAGAGAAAUCUACACGAGGGCCAUACGUGCCUCAGUCUCCACGAGUGACACAGUCUGAUCCCUCUGUUACACUGAAAUACAACGCUGAACGUCCCACCAUCCCAAAGCAGACUCCCCACCCUCGAACAACACAGGACUUAAACGACAAUAUCAUCCCAACAAUCUCUGCCACCAGCACCACCACUACAGCCAAGACCUCCAGUCAUGUGACACGCUGCAGUGACAGACAGAGGAACUACUGUGUUAAUGGAGGAGAGUGCUUCACCCUUGAAAUCAUGCCAGGCAGCACAAAGUUCCUUUGCAGGUGUCCAAAUGAAUUUACUGGGGAUCGCUGCCAAAACUAUGUAAUGGCCAGCUUUUACAAAGCUGAGGAGCUGUAUCAGAAACGCAUUUUAACAAUAUCAGGAAUCUGCAUUGCACUCCUAGUCGUUGGAAUCAUGUGUGUGGUUGCCUACUGCAAAACAAAGAAGCAGAGAAGGAAGCUCCAUGACCGUCUGAGGCAGAGCCUGAGGAAUAAGAGGAAAAAGAAUUCCAAUACUGGUACUGGUCCCAACAUGGCAAGCUCAGGCAGAGGACAUCAGAUCUCUAACUUGCCUCUUCAAGAUUUGCAGCCUAUCAAUCAAUGUAAUGGGACAGCUGUGCAGCAUUGUGCAGAGACAGAGACAGAAACAAACUUCUCCACAAGCCAAAAUGCUUCAUCUACCCAUGAACCCACCACAUUCACCCAGCUCUCUAGCCAAAGGUUUGUGCCUGCUAUGACAACUGAAACUCCUCUGUCUCCGGUGUCCCGGACUUGUCCGACAACUCCAGGGUCUCCUCCAUCAGAGAUGUCAGCCCCCCUGUCCAGCCUGGCUAUCUCCGUGCCCUCAGUGGCUUUAAGCCCAUCUGGUGAGGAGGAGCGGCCUCUGCUGUUGUCAAACACAUGUCAGCCACACAAGUCCUUGAGCCGAGAUGAACAGAAGAGGACCUCUGCCCACUACAACCAUGGCCAUGUGGUAGAUAGCCUACCACCUAGCCCAUUGUUUACUAUGGAGAAUGGUUACUACCAAAUCAUAGGAGACCCUGACAUCGCAGCUGUCAGCCACAUGUUCUCAGCAUCACCUGAGAAGAUACUAAAUACAAACAAUAACAUCAACAACUGCAGCACCAAUGUCACCAGCGGUCAUGUCAGUGGUGAUAGCAUGUUAGUGAGCGAAUCAGAGGAGCCUCAGGGGGAACAUGCACCCUUCCUUACUACAGAUAACACUGCAACCCUGUUGCUCAGGGCUAUGGACAGCAGCAGGACUAACCCAGCAUCGACAAAGGAUGACCUGCAAGACAUGUCAUCCAUUUCCAUCACCAAACAACAUCCAGUUGCUGUGUAGAGUCAACAGAAAUUGCUGAGAAUCCUUUACAUUUAGGGAAAAAGGGAAUAGUCACUAUUAAACCUUUAUUUUCUAUAAAUUAUUUGCUGUAAAGAUUCUGAAGAUAAAUGAAAAAUGAAACUUUUAUUUUAGUGAUGUAGUAAAUAAAGAGUUUUAUAAAUAAAAAAAAAGGUACAAAUGUGUUCAUGUCUUAUAGGUAAAGUGCCAUACACUAGUAUGUAGCAACUGUUCACAGUAUUUCAGCGCAGAUAAAAUAUCAAUGGUGCCUUUCUGUUUAGUAUGCUUAAGGGAACUGCAGCAUUGCAUACUGGGCCAUAUAUUCACCAUCUAAAUUCCAGUUAACAAUCAAAAAUUACUUGCUGGCUGCUUUUACCGUCCUGCAGUUGAACGUUUCCACUGACACGGCAGUUUGAUAUGAAAAUCUAAACAAGGUGCAUGCUACGUCCCGAAUGCUGUGAGGGAAUCAUGAGCAGUGUGUGUGGUUUCCUCUCCAGCCAAUUGACCUGAUAAUGCAUUUCAACACCUGGACUGAUGUUUAUGAAUAAACGAUUGACUAGCUCAUUACCCACAUGUAAUGAGAGAUGGAGACGAUGUUAGAAAAAAGUGGUUUUAUUCAUCACUGUCUAAUCCAGAAUGAAUGAAUAUUAUGUCUGUUUGAUAAAGGUGCAAUCACUAAAGUCUGACUCUGUUGUGUUACUGAUACUUUCACUUUUUUUGCAUAAAAUAACCCUGUAGGUUUUUCUUUUUAGUGAACUCUAUACUGGGAUUUGAUACAUAUUUAAAGUUUACUAUUUAUAUGUUACAGGGGUACUGCAGUGGUGUAGUAUUGCACUUACAAAAUGUGUAGAAAGUUACAGUACAAGAGCCGGAUAAAAAAAAAAAAAAUAAAGUCAGUGAAACAUCAGAGGCCUAAAUAUCCUGAUUUUAUAGUUCAGAGAAUGAAUCAAGUUCGAUGCUGGAUCCUUAUUUCCCAUAACGCUUGAACGUAUCUAUUUGAAAGUUUUAUUUAUUGCUAUGCUGGCAGGUAUCCACAUGUUCACAGAGUACAAACAGACUCAGAUAAGGUGGUGCCAUCAAAGAAUAUAACUUCUAGCAUGGAGACCAGCAACUUCUUCAAAAGAACACUUCAAUCACCAGUAUGAUAUUACUGAUUGCAUAUUUAAAUGUGAGAAUCUCUACGUGUGUGUACUGAAGGGAUUAUGUCUGAAUAUAUGGCUUAUUUUGUCCGUUGUGAGGACAUACAUGUGUUCCUGAAUAAUGCAUUUUGGGGAUCAAGGAGUUACUAAAUAUACACAUAAUGGUUAACUUGUUUUGUUUCUUCAAUCAUAUCUUUGGUAUGAAAGACAUUCAUUUUUUUCUCCAAAAUCAACUUGUUAAAAUU